AUGGCGGAAAAAUAUCAACCUCAAUUAUAUGUGACAAGUAUUAUUGAUCAUAAUGUAAUAAAAAAACGGAUUCCAUCAUCUACUCCAUUAAUUCAAUCAACUAAUAAUAAUAAUAAUGGUAAUAAUUCAUAUUCAACAAGAUCUAAUAUUCAUGAUUUAUUAUAUAAUAAUAAUUUUAUUCAAAAUAACAUAUUGAGAACUUUCAACAGUCAAUUUAUACUUUCAUAUGAUUGGUCAAAUUUUUUAAAAAUUAAUCUUUUAAAUUAUAUUGAUCAAGUAUUUUUAUUUCAUAUAAAUUUAAUACCAAAAUUUAAAUUACAUAAUUUAAUAAAUAAAUCAAUAAAACAUUUAUAUUAUUGUUAUGAAUCAUAUUUUAUUAAUCAAUUUAAUAUAAUUGGUCAAUAUUAUUCUUAUUUUAAUAAUAAUAAUAAUAAUAAUCAAUUAAGUUUUUUAAUCAAUAUACCUAAUAAAAAUGAUUGUGAAAAAUUAUGUUGGGCAAUUAGACAACCAUAUUUAUAUAAAAAUGGUGGAUUAUUACUAUGGGGUAAAAAGUAUAGAAUACUUUACGCCGAUUACAAUCAAACUUUAAUGGCCAUCGAAGAAAGUGGCGUAAACAAAAUCAAUUUGAGUGCUUUCACAGCAACGCGACUACAAAUACCAAAUGAAGAAUAUUUAAGAUCUGAAGGAGGAUUACAGUUUGUUAUGUUAAUUGGGUUUCAUAGACAAGAUCGAGAACAAGAUAAAUGUAAUGCUGCCAUAAUGGGUGUGAUGGAUUUAUUGAGGAAAAAACUGACAUCAUAUGAAAUGUAGCAACUUGUUUUUUCACCUAAAAAGUGUGACUACUAUGUUGUUUAUUCAGUAGUGUAGUUAUAUAUCGAUGAACUAUUUUAAGUUGAAAUGAUUAGCUUAAUAUCCGGUCAAUAUAAUAAAGGAGUUAGUGAAGCGAUAAGGAAGUGAAAUUUGUCGUUGAGAAAUAAAUUUUUCUAGUCCGAACCAAAA